AGACAGUUAAAAAUAUCCUUUAACAAGACUACUAUGUCUGCUUUGCUUAACAGUACUCAUGAUAUAACUGCGCGGGGAGGCCAUAUCUUGGUCAUGACUAUUAAUAUCAUCAACCAGCUGGAUAACGCUCUCCUAUGCCCAGGGCGUAUUGAUAUGGAAACUGGCUUCGGCUAUGGCUGUCUAGAGACAAUUCGCACGUCCUUUACGCAGCCGCCACCAGGUCCUUCCUGGGUGUUCUGGACGCACGGGGACAGAUUCGCCCACAUUUCUCGCUAG